AUGGGUACUAAUUCAGAAGUACAACAUCUGAAGCUGAAGAUCUCUUUGGUCUUCAUCAUCAUCGUUCUCUUCACACCCAAAAGCGUAGCAGAGUGCGAAUCCGAAUCAGAAGACUCAUGUAACAACAAAGAGAAAGCUCUCCCUCUAAAAAUCGUGGCUAUCUUUGCAAUCUUGGUAACCAGCAUGAUCGGCGUAUCUCUGUCCUUUGGGAGGCGUUUGAUCCCGGCGUUGAGCCCCGAAAACGACCUCUUCAUGGUGGUGAAAUGCUUCGCCGGGGGGAUCAUUCUCGGCACGGGGUUCAUGCACGUGCUGCCGGAUUCAUUCGACAUGCUGGGGUCUGAUUGUCUUGAGGAGAAGCCAUGGCACGAGUUUCCCUUCUCAGGGCUCGUUGCCAUGUUCUCUGCCUUAUUCACGCUCAUGGUGGAUUCUUUGGCCACAAGCUUUUAUGGUAAGAAGAGUAGUGAUGCAGUUAUUCCAGAUAGCCACAUUGGUGCAGUUGGUGGUCAUCAAGAACAAGAGAUGGGUGUUGUUGUUAGUGUUGGCCAUUUCCAUGGUCAUCAUCAUGCAGCAAUUGAGGCUACUAAGAAUGAAGAUGGAGACACACAACUCGUGCGUUAUCGUGUUGUUGCUAUGGUGCUAGAACUUGGAAUUAUUGUUCAUUCAGUAGUGAUAGGCCUGUCCAUGGGUGCUUCAAAUAACACAUGCUCCAUAAAAGGCCUUAUAGUGGCCCUUUGCUUCCAUCAAAUGUUUGAAGGCAUUGGUCUUGGCGGUUGCAUUCUUCAGGCCCAAUACAAGUUGUUAAAGAGGGUGGUGUUGGUGUUGUUCUUCUCAAUUACAACCCCAUUUGGAAUCGCAUUAGGAAUUGGAUUGUCCAGAAUCUACAAAGAGAACAGCCCAAGUGCCCUAAUCACAGUUGGUAUGCUUAAUGCAUCAUCAGCUGGGCUUUUAAUCUACAUGGCAUUGGUUGACCUUCUCUCAACUGAUUUCAUGAGUCCAAGGUUACAGAACAACAUUAAGCUCCAAUUCAAGUCUUACGUUGCUGUCUUUCUGGGUGCUGCUGGCAUGUCUGUCAUGGCAAAAUGGAAUUAA